AUGGCAGCGCCCGCAAAUUCCCAAAUCAACCGUGUACGAAAUCACUUCACUGUACCGAUGGCUAGCCCAGUCAAUCAGAACGGAAGCUUCGAGUUCGACCGCGUGCUCAAGUCCGGCUACGUCCAGAAGCGAACCCAGAAGACCAAGACUUGGAAAUCCGUUUAUCUUGUUCUUCGACCCAGCGCCCUCUCGAUAUACAAAACGGACAAGGAGAGCAAGCUUCGGCACAAGCUCUGGACUUCGGAGCUCUCUGCCGUCACGCUCCUCAAAGACCCCAAGAACAAGCGUCAUAACCUUUUCGGUCUAUUUUCGCCAGCGAGAAACUACCACUUCGAGGCCCCAAGCGCGAAGGACGCGCAGGAAUGGGUAGACCUAAUUAAGACGGACGCCAAGAUCGAAGAAGAGGAAGAAGAGAUGUUCUUAGCAAGUCCCAUCAUUCGCCGACAAACGUUCGCUCCCGUUGGUAUGUUGCAGAAUGGGUCAGGAACAACGCGGAUCUUGUCUCCAGAUCACGAAAGGCCGAUCUCUAGUUCACCCGAGCCUAUCGAUCCGAGAUCGUCGCGAUCUGCACCAUCUACGAGAAGACUUUCGCACAACGAUUAUUCGGGGCUAUCUGGAAACGAACUUGCUUCGCAUUCAGAUAUAUCCGACAACGAAGGACGAGUGCACGGCGCAUCCAUCGAGAGCCUCAGUGCCCGAUCACCUGCUACGUCGGGAACGCAAAUAGAGACGGGCUCGAACAAUCGACCGAUUUUAGGAGAUAGGAAUGCAAGUCAACUUAGCGGCCUUAAUCUAGAGAACGAUCCGGAUCGCAUCGUCUGGCAAGGCUGGCUCUGGUUGCUAAACAGCAAACGCGGCGUUAAGCAGUGGAAGAAUCGCUGGGCAGUUCUCCGACCCCGGAAUCUCAUUCUGUACAAAGAUGAAUCCGAGUACAAAGCCUCCUUCAUACUAUCCCUAUCGGGGAUAGUUAAUGUCGUGGACAUCAAUCCGAUCAGCAAGACGAAGUCGCACUGCUUUCAGGUUAUCACGGACGAAAAGACGUAUCGCUACUGCGCCCACGACGAGGAGUCGCUACUGCGUUGUCUGGGCGCCUUCAAGAGCUUGCUCUCCAAGCGGAGAGAGUUGGAAGCGCGGGCAGCUGCCUCGGGGAACGUGGCGCCGCCCAACGCAACAGCAGCAUGA